ACUGUAGUCCUUCCGGUCGCUCAGAGGGCAAGGCGCCCGCUCUUACCGAUCCUACCGAAGGGAGGGAGGAAAAUGUCGUUCGUGGUGCCGAAAAGGGCGGGGGUGACGCUCAAGCAGGUGAAGAGCGUCUUGGUCGCCUUCUGCCCCUUCGAGUCCAACGUGGAGAGCACCAGAAAUUUCCUACAGUGUCUGUAUACAAAGAAAGCCUUUUUAUCCAACAGCAACUGUGAAGUGAAAACAGAUGUAAAACACGAUGGGUCUGAACCAGUAAUUGACGUCGUAUUUGCUGACGGUGACAGACUGAUCAUGAAAGGAGCCAACUUAACCAUUAGAGAAAUGUUAAAUGCCUUCAACUCUAGGUGUGAAGCCAAAGAGAAUAUGGCACAAGAGAAGGCUCAGAAAAAGAGUGCCUGAAAGUCAACCAAGAAAUAGUUAAGAUGUUUCAUAUGAACUCAUGAAAACUGUGGUGCAACUUCUUCCCUUGGAAUGAAAGCCAGGACUUUACCAAGGUGGAUACAGACAGAAUGCAGAUUGGUCCUGACAAAUUGCUGAAUGAUGUCUUUGACUUUUUCUUUAAAGAUAAAACUCCAUGCAAAAGAAUUGA